GAUUCAUCUGCAGUUCACCAGCGAGUGAGAGACGAGCAGCGGCUCACGUUAUGGGAUCUUUACAUUUAAAGCCGCUCACCCGUCCAGGGUCCAGAGCGGCGAUGUCGGGUGGAGACAUGGCGACCCUGAGGCGGGAGGUCCUGCUGCUCCUGGCGGUCGCCCUGCUGGUCUCCUGCGGCGCCGCGCCCACCGACAUCCUGUACCGGGUCCCCGAGGAGCAGCCGCCCAACACGCUGAUCGGCAGCCUGGCGGCGGACCAGGGCCUGCCCGACACCGGACACCUCUACAAGCUGGAGGUGGGCUCGCCGUACCUGCGGGUGGACGGCAAGACGGGCGACAUCUACACCACCGACAUCCCCAUCGACCGCGAGACGCUGAAGGACUGCCGCAACCUGUUUGACGGCGACAAGUGCUUCCUGGAGUUCGAGGUGUCGAUCACCGACAUGGUGAAAGGGAUCAGCACCGGGCCGCGGCUGAUCGAGGGCCGCAUCGAGGUGCUGGACAUCAACGACAACACGCCGCAGUUCUCCUCGCCCAUCCUCACGCUGUCCAUCCCCGAGAACACGCACAUCGGCGUCCUCUUCUCCAUCCCCAUGGCCACGGACCGGGACUCCGGCACCAACGGCGUGGCCGAGUACUCGCUGACCACGGGGCCGGACGCCGACCAGCUCUUCACGCUGCAGGUCGCCGUGGACUCGGACGAGAAGCUGCCCCAGCUGGUGGUCAUGGGCAACCUGGACCGCGAGCGGAAGGACUCGUACGACCUGAACAUCCGGGUGGUGGACGGCGGGAGGCCGGCGCGGGCGAGCAGCGCCCUGCUGCGGGUCACCGUCACCGACCAGAACGACAACGCGCCCAAGUUUGAGAGGAGCCACUACGAGGCCGACCUGCCGGAGAACAGCCCGCAGGGACACUCCAUACUGCAGGUCCGAGCCAACGACGCAGACACCGGCACCAACGGCGAGAUCGACUACAGCCUCCAUCAGGCGUCGGAGGCCGUCCAGAGGCUUCUGCGCAUCGACCGCUCCACGGGCAUCAUCUACGUCAAGGGCCUGGUGGACCGCGAAGAGGAGAGCUUCCUCAAGUUCUUCGUGGUCGCCAAAGACCGCGGGCCCAACUCCAAGAGCUCCAAGGCCCUGGUGACCGUCAACGUCAAGGACCAGAACGACAACGCGCCGGCGAUCGAGAUCCGUGGCAUCGGCUUGGUGACGCACCACGACGGCGUCGCCAACAUCUCCGAGGACAUGCCCAUCGGCACGCCGGUGGCGCUGGUCCAGGUCUCGGAUCGCGACGAGGGGGAAAACGCGGUGGUGACGUGCGUGGUUGCCGGCGACGUCCCGUUUCAGCUGCGGCCCGCGAGCGAGUCGGCCAACGAUCGCAAGAGGAAGUACUUCCUGCAGACCACCACCCUGCUGGAUUACGAGCGCGUCAAGGACUACAGGAUCGAAAUUGUCGCCGUGGAUUCGGGGAACCCGGCACUAUCCAGCACCAACUCCCUCAAAGUGCAGGUCACGGACGUGAACGACAACACGCCAAAUUUUUCCCCUGCCUUGCUCGAGGUGGACUUCGCGGAGGGCAACCAGCCGGGCGAGAAGGUGCUGGGCGUCACGGCGACGGACGCAGACAGCAGCACCAACGCGGAGCUGGUCUACAGCAUCGUCGAGUCCCACGCCACCCGGCUCUUUGAAAUCGAAGCCAACACCGGGGACAUCCGUGUGAGGAACCUGCUGGACCGGGAGGAGACGGAGCGCUACGAAUUCCGCGUGGCGGCAGCGGACAAGGGCCUUCCUAGCAAAACCGGCACCGCCACGGUGGUGAUCAACGUCCUGGACCGUAACGACAAUGACCCCAAGUUCAUGCUGAGCGGCUACAGCUUCUCGGUGAUCGAGAACAUGGCUCCGCUCAAUCCUGUCGGCGUGGUGACGGUCACGGACGCAGAUAAGGGCAAGAACGCCCAAGUGAGGCUCUUUGUGGAACCGGACAACGGCAAGUUCGUCAUCCAGAACGGCACGGGUACGAUCCUGUCCAGCAUCUCGUUCGACCGGGAGAAGGAGAGCACCUACACCUUCCGGCUGAAGGCGGUGGAUGCCGGUGACCCACCUCGAUCCUCCUACGUGGGCGUGACAAUCAACGUCCUGGACGAGAACGACAACGCCCCUUACGUCACCAAACCGGCGAACUCCUCCUACACAUACAUGUCACCGGUCACCCCACCAGACACCAGGGUGGAGAUGGUAGAGGCCGAGGACAUGGACUCGGGACCCAACGCCGAACUCGUCUACACCAUCACAGGAGGAAACCCGUACGACCUGUUCCGCAUCUCGCCCAGCAGCGGGGAGAUCACCCUGAUGCAGGAGUUCACCGGCAAACACAACGGGCUGCACCGACUAGUGGUAAAGGUCAGCGACAAGGGCAAACCCCCCCGCCACACCACCGCCCUCGUCCACGUCUUUGUCAACGACACCAAGUCCAACGUGUCGCUCAUCGAAGCGCUGGUGGGGCACAGCCUCUACACCCCUCUGGACCGGGACAUUGCCGGAGAUCCCAACUACGCGCUCGCCCAGCGCAGCAACAUCCUGUACGGCAGCCUCGCGGGCAUCGCCGGCGUGAUCCUGGUGAUCGUAGCCGUCGUGGUGAUCCGACACCGGCUGCAGAAGGACACAAAGAGCGGGUACCAGGCCGGCAAGAAGGAGAGCAAGGACCUUUAUGCGCCCAAGCAAGGCCCCAAAAACGGCAAAGGGAAAAAGAGCAAAAAGGGGAAAGCUCCCAAACCGUCAAAGCCGCUGGAGGAGGACGUAGAGGACGGCUUACAGAAAGGCCUCAAGUUCAACCUCAUCAACGACACCGUCAACGACAGCCCCAGGAUCCACCUGCCCCUCAACUACCCCCCGGGGAGCCCCGACUUGGGGCGCCACUACCGCUCCAACUCCCCCCUGCCCUCCAUCCAGCUGCAGCCUCAGUCGCCCUCCGCCUCCAAGAAGCACCAGGCCGUCCAGGACCUCCCCGCCACCAACACCUUCGUGGGAACGGGCGACAACAACUCCACGGGCUCCGACCAAUAUUCGGAUUACAGCUACAAGGCCAACCCGCCCAAAUACAGCAGCAAACAGGUAGGCGACUACGCAAACACGCCAAUGUACAACAGGGACAUCUAUUGGACCAAGCGGGUGUGGUAGUCACGCUGGGACUGAUUUGGCACAGCCGAAAUUCUUCCACCAAAGCUGCACUGAUUCCCCUGCACAGCACCCACCUCCAAACGGCUGUUUUCCCUGUUGUUGUUUUUUUUUUUUUUUUU